AUGGAAGAGCUAAGGAAAAUCGGGACUGCCGCUGAGGAAGACGGGAUCAAGUACAGAAGCGGCAUGGAACUCGCCCUGGUAGCCUUGGCAGUACAGCUGAGCAUGGUUUUGGUGGCUCUUGACAUGAGCAUCAUCGCAAUCGCAAUCCCUCGAUUUCUAUGGCCUCGCCUAGGUCCGCUGGUACUUCUCUCCGCGACCGUCUUUCCAAUCGGUGGAGCUGUCAUCGUCACACUCAUACUCCUCUGUCAGACACCUGCUCAUGUGAAAUCCGUUCUGGCCACGCAUUCCGAACCUUUCUCGAUGCCCGACACGCCAGGCAUCAUCACGAUUGGCGGUGCUCAGCUGUGCUACAUACCUACUUCCUUGCCCUGGAGUGGUGAGCCAGCAUCACCAAGUCUUGGGGAUGCAGCUAAUGUGGUCGACGCUCUCGUGGGAAGCUAUAAGGCCUCACUCACGGUCCUGUUUGUGGCUUCAAGAGGAGCGAGCGAUCAUCGUUCCGAGACUCCUUCCACCAAGCAACGAACCGGAGCAGCCCGGGACGCUUCCAUCUUUUUCACCAUCGCACGUCCCUACAAGCUCCCCAGCUCCUUCCAAACCGUCAACGGCGUAUCGCCUUUUGAAAGCGGCAUGCGGACCCUCGGCACUGUCCCUUCACUCUCGUCGCCAUCAAAGAAAUGGCUGAUCUUGGAAUCACUACUGCUAGUGUAG